CUCUCUCUCUCAAAAAAAAAAAAAAGGAGUCGACUCAGACCGAGACGCGCGCAGGGCAUCGGGCGGGGCGACGCCUUGGGGCAGUCUUGCGCGGCGGGUGGAGGGCGACUCGGCCGGCCGGCGGCGCCGUCAGUCCGGCGUAUGCUGCGGCGGUCGGGCGCUUAGGCAACGACGUUGCGGUAGUGCGCGUCGGCACUCGUUGCAGUAUACAGGAGAUCUGCCGUCUGCGGCCUGCGGGAAGGCCAAGACCAUGCCCAACUCUGAAAUCAAAUCAAAGCUGUGCUUAGUGCAAAACAGAAAUGACCGAAGCGGAAGACAUUAUGUCUGAUGUCGAGAUAGAUGAACUAUAUCACUCAAUGAAGGAUGAACUGCAGAACUGUUUCUCAACUGAUAUUCCUUAUGACAGUGGAUCUGGAUUCUGCUUGAUACCAAGAAUACACGAGCACAUCCGUGCGAUAGAUAGAUAUUCUUAUGAACCAAUAAUUUUGUCAAUCGGUCCCUAUCACAAUGGAUCUCCAGCACUUUCUUCUACGGAGAGAGAAAAAUGGAACCGCUUGGACUAUGUCCUUAAGUUAAACUGUGAGAAGGGUCUGAAAGAUUACUUGACCGUCAUAAACAGACUAGAGAAAAGAACAAGGAUGUGCUAUUCUGGAGAUAUUAAAAUGAGUAAAAAGGAUUUUUUGCAGACUCUCUUGCUUGAUGGAUGUUUCGUGCUUGUUUCACUUGGGAAAUUUAAUGAAUUUAUAAGGCCUGAACUCCACAGUAGUAUGCCUAGUUCAUCACAUGCCGAAGUACACGAGGAAGAUUUGAUUUCUGGGCAUUCAAAAGUGACAGGGAUAAAUGAGAUUCAAGAAAUAAACACGAGGAAGCUGAAUGCCACGAAGAGCACUGUAAUUGAACAAGACAUCGUGCCUCACAAUCAUUCUAGGGAAGAAAACUCAGUGCUUGAGAUUGAGUUAUGCCCGGAGAUCAGUGGCCAUAAAACAGGGCAAUGCCUUUACCCGGACAACGCUCAGCAGAUUGGGCAGUGGUAUGAUGUCUAUGUCUACAUGACCUAUUCCUGCUUUUCAUAGUCGAGGCAAUAUAUGAGGUAGCUAUUUCUAACAAGAUGGCGCCGGCUGCUUCAUGCAAAUCAAGUUUUGCUCGUUAUAUAGAAAGGUAUGUGUCAUUCUAUCCAACAGCAAUACGAGAGUCCACUCGCCCAAAAGAUUUCGAUCAUUUGCUGCACUUGUGUCAUAUCUACUUCAGACCUAGUUCUAAUCAGGAUGAGCACGAUGGCCAUACAUCGCAACACUAUAUUCACCAGUUCCUUCAAAUGGGGCGAAAUUACCUCAGCUAUUUAGGUUCCUCGCAGCAUCACUAUUUCCCAAACCGAUGGCGCCGAGCAACACAGUAUCAUGAAGCUGGCAUCCAGUUUAGGAUGAGAAUGUAUUCUGAGCAUAACCCCCAUUCCCUCUUGGAUAUAAAGCUCAGAGACGGUAUCCUGGAAAUCCCAUUCUUGUUUGUGGAUGAAGAAACUAUCGUCUUCUUCAGAAACUUGAUAGCACUGGAGCAAACAUGUCCGCAAGUUGGAAAUUAUGUCACGGCUUACACUGUUUUCAUGGCCAAGCUGAUGAGCAUGCCCGAUGAUGUUGCGCUGCUGGCUCGAAAGGGGGUCAUUGCCCACCAUAUGCGUACUGACAGAGAUGUAUCACAGCUCUUUACCAGGCUGACAAAAGGUGUUGUCUUCGAUUUCUACGGGAACUAUUACCUUAACCACCUGUGCUUAGCCCUGGAGGUAUAUUAUCAGAACCGUCUGCACAGGUGGGUCGCAUGGCUGAGGCACAACCAUUUGAGCAAUCCAUGGCUGGUGGUCGCUGCGUUCGCUGGUGUUAUUGUGCUUUUCUGCACCAUUGCACAGACUGUCCUUACUGUCGAGUCUUAUGUUAAUCCCAAGUAAUCACCUGGGCAUAAAUUGACUGUGGGAUUCAGAUUUAUGUAUGUCCACUUUAGUCCCAAAGAAAAUAAACUAUCACCAUCUCUCCA